AUGACAAUGGUUUAUACAAGUAUAGAUCUUGAGAAAGAACAACAGGAUUUCAACAAUGAGGUUGCUUCAAUUAAAAAGUGGUGGUCGGAACCUCGUUGGAAAGGGAUCAAAAGGCCUUACACCGCUGAGGAUAUUGCCUCCAGAAGGUCCACGGUUAAAAACCCAAAUGCAUCUGACAUCAUGGCGAAGAAAGCUUUUAAGUUAUUCCAGGAGCAUGCCAAAAAUGGUACUUCUUCCAUAACAUUUGGAGCCCUUGACCCAAUUCAUGUGUCUCAGAUGGCAAAAUACCUAGACACUGUUUAUGUCAGUGGAUGGCAAUGCUCAUCAACUGCUUCCACUUCUAAUGAACCAUCUCCUGAUUUGGCUGAUUACCCUAUGGACACUGUUCCAAACAAGGUUCAACAUUUGUUUUAUGCCCAAUUGUUUCAUGACCGGGUCCAGCACAGAGAGAGAUUUUCUGUUUCCGAAGAGAAAAGGGCGAAAAUGCCUUAUAUUGAUUUCAUGAGACCCAUUAUCGCGGACGCCGAUACUGGUCAUGGUGGUACCACAGCAAUAUUCAAGUUAACCAAGUUGUUUAUUGAGAGUGGCGCUGCUGGAAUACAUAUUGAGGACCAGGCUCCAGGUACUAAGAAGUGCGGACAUAUGGCCGGUAAGGUUCUUGUUCCUAUCCAGGAGCACAUAAAUAGAUUGAUUUGCAUAAGGGCAUCUGCAGAUGUUUUUGGUUCUGACUUGAUUCUUGUUGCUAGAACAGAUUCCGAGGCCGCAACAUUGAUUACUUCCACAAUUGACUUUAGAGAUCAUUAUUUUAUUUUGGGAAGCACGAAUCCUGACAUCGAGCCUCUGGUUGAUGUAAUGAAUGCGGCACAGAAUAAGGGAAUGUAUGGUAAAGAAUUGGAAAAGGUUGAAUCUGAUUGGAUGGCAAAAGCUGGGGUUAUGCGCUUUAGUGAAGCAGUGGAGACAGAAAUAAAGAAGUCAGAUAUAAAGGAUAAGAAUGCCGCUAUCAAAAAAUUCAAUGAUAAGGUUACACCACUUAGCUGUACAUCCAACGUUGAGGCAAGAAAACUUGCCAAAGAAAUUCUUGGAAAGGAAGUCUAUUUUGAUUGGGAUAAACCAAGGGUUCGGGAAGGCUACUACCGAUACCAAGGCGGUACACAAUGUGCUAUUAAUCGUGCUAGAGCAUUUGGUCCAUAUGCUGAUUUCUUAUGGAUGGAAACUAAAUUACCAAUUUACGAACAGGCCAAGGAAUUUGCUGAAGGUGUGAAAGCCGUGUAUCCAGAUAAAUGGUUGACCUACAACUUGUCGCCAUCAUUUAACUGGAACACUGCAAUGUCAUCAGAGGAGCAGGAAACGUAUAUUCAAAGAUUAACAAAGCUUGGCUUUAUUUGGCAGUUUAUCACGUUGGGUGGUUUGCAUCUAAAUGCUCUUGCUGUGGAUAAUUUUGCCCGUGACUUUAAGAAGAUUGGAAUGAGAGCAUAUGGCCAAAAUAUUCAAGCACAUGAGAUCGAAGAUAAUGUGGAGGUUGUUAGACACCAAAAGUGGUCUGGAGCCGAGUAUGUUGAUAGCAUUGUAAAAAUGGUCACUGGCGGAGUUUCCAGCACUGCGGCAAUGGGUGAAGGUGUUACAGAAUCACAGUUCAAGUGA